GAAUGUGUAUUGGAAAUCGUGAUUUCGAAUUUCAAUGCUUCAAACGGACUUCUUAAUUGAAAACCAAACAGAUACUAGUUUGUUCAUUGUUUCUCACUCUGCCAAUAUGAGACUGUAUAGGUGGUGACCGGAGCCGAACUCACCAAUAAAAAAUAGUCGGCCCAAUAUUAUUGUGACACGUGUCACACACACACGCUGCUAUAAAACAUGUUCCCUCACUCUUUCCUCACACUCGCAGAAACACUGAUGACAUGAACAAUGUUGUUGCCAAUGGCGAAAAGCAUAACACACUUCAGCACUUAUCAAACUUGUAACAGCAGCUAUAAGAACAAACCAAACUAUGGCAAAUCGAAUAGCGACAUCUUCUUCGGAAAAUCUUCAACAACAAGAUUGUUGGCUUUGAAUUUGGAUGUUCCUCGCAGCACAAGUACUACUACUAUCGGUUGUGUCUCUGCCUUGUUGGAUGAAAAUGCAGAAAUUCGAAAACUCUACGAGAUGGGUGAUCUCGGAAAUGCUGUAGAAUUGCUCAGGAGGGCACGAAAAUGUGAGAUUGAUUUGAAUACUUACUGUUCAAUCUUGCAGCUAUGUGCUGAGCACAAGUGUUUGCAAGAGGGUAAGAUGGUUCAUUCAAUUGUCUCCUCCAAUGGCAUGAGGGUUGAAGGGAUUUUGGGUGCUAAACUAGUGUUCAUGUAUGUGAGUUGUGGAGAAUUAAGACAAGGGAGACUGAUAUUUGAUCAGAUUCCUAAUGAUAAGGUUUUUCUGUGGAAUCUUAUGAUGUCUGAAUAUGCAAAGGUUGGAGAUUAUAGUGAAAGUAUACAUCUGUUUAGGAAAAUGAAGAGCUUUGGAGUCACAGGAAAUUCUCAUACAUUUCCAUGUAUCUUGAAGUGUUUUGCUGUUUUAGGAAGGGUAGGAGAGUGUAAAAUGAUUCAUGGGAGUAUCUAUAAACUUGGUUUGGGUUCUCAUAACACUGUUGCUAAUUCAAUGAUUGCUGCAUACUUCAGGUGUGGUGAAGUUGACAGUGCACACAAGGUGUUUGAUGAAUUGGCUGACCGAGAUGUUGUUUCCUGGAAUUCUAUGAUAAGUGGGUCGGUGAUGAAUGGUUUUUCUCAUGAUGGGCUAGAGUUCUUCAUUCAGAUGCUUAUUUUGAGAGUUGGUGUUGAUUUGGCUACAUUGGUUAAUGCUCUUGUGGCUUGUGCAAGUAUUGGAAGUCUUUCAUUGGGUAAAGCACUUCAUGGUAUUGGAGUCAAAGCAUCUUUCAGUAGUGAGGUUAUGUUUAGCAAUACCUUAAUAGACAUGUAUUCAAAAUGUGGUGAUUUAAAUGGUGGAAUUCGAGUUUUUGAGAAGAUUGUUCAAAGAAGUCUUGUUUCUUGGACAAUCAUUAUUGCUUGUUAUGUACGAGAAGGUUUAUAUGAUGAUGCAAUCAGGUUAUUCUAUGAAAUGGAAAGCAAAGGGAUUAGCCCAGAUGUUUAUUCCGUGACUGGCAUCCUUCAUGCUUGUGGUUGUAGCAACUCAUUGGACAAAGGAAGAGAUGUACACAAUUACCUUAGAAAGAUCAACAUGGACUUGAGCUUGCUUGUGUGUAAUGCUCUCAUGGAUAUGUAUGCAAAAUGUGGAAGCACGGAAGAAGCUCAUUUAGUUUUCUCUCAGAUUCCAGUUAAGGACCUUGUCUCGUGGAACACCAUGAUUGGAGGUUAUUCGAAAAACUCUCUCCCCAAUGAUGCUCUUAAACUUUUUGCUGAGAUGCAAAAAGAAUCAAGACCUGAUGACAUAUCAUUGGUUUGCAUUCUUCCAACUUGUGGAAGCCUUGCUGCUUUAAAGAUAGGCAGAGAGAUACAUGGGCACAUAUUGAGAAAUGGGUACUCUUCAGAUUUGCAUGUAGCCAAUGCACUUGUUGAUAUGUAUGCAAAAUGCGGGUCACUAGUUCAAGCACAGUUGCUCUUUGACAUGAUUCCUGAGAAGGAUCUCAUCUCUUGGACUACUAUGAUCGCUGGAUAUGGGAUGCAUGGGUUUGGAAGUAAAGCAAUUGCCGCUUUUCAGAAGAUGAGGAUUGCAGGUAUUAAGCCUAAUGAGAUCACCUUCACUUCGAUACUUCAUGCUUGCAGUCAGUCUGGAUUACUGAAGGAGGGGUUGGAAUUCUUUAAUUCCAUGGAAAGUAAAUGCAACAUUAAGCCCAAGUUAGAACACUAUGCAUGCAUGGUUGAUCUCCUAGCCCGUACUGGAAAUCUAUCCAAAGCCUACAAGUUCAUUGAGGCAAUGCCUGUUAAGCCAGAUGCUAUAAUUUGGGGUUCCUUGCUUCGUGGGUGUAGGAUCCAUCAUGAUGUUAAGUUAGCAGAAAAAGUGGCAGAGCAUGUUUUUGAGCUAGAGCCAGAGAACACUGAAUAUUAUGUUCUUUUGGCAGACAUCUAUGCAGAAGCUGAAAAAAGGGAGGUAGUGAAGAAGUCACAAGAGAAGAUUGGUAAGAAGGGACUGAAAAAGAUGGAAAAUGGUGCUUACAUCACAAAUGGUGACAAGAGAGACAAGAAGAGAAAAGAGAGGAGCGAUGGACAUCAUAGAUAAUGUGAUGUAACACAAAAAGAGAGAUGGAAACAGAAAAAUUGAAAAAUGUGUGGUGGAUUUAUUGUAGGGUGUCUAAAAAUCAAAGUUGAUAAAGAUACCAACUACAGUUAAUUUGCUCCCCAUUUCUUUGUACUAAAUUCGAAUCUACAGCUAACAUGAUUGAAUUGGACAUUGACUCACUAAUCAAAAUAUUAUCAGCUCACUUCUUUCUUACGA